AUGCAAUAUUGGCUGCAGACAAUCUUUUGUUCAACCCAAAUAUUAAACUUUGACUGUUUGGAUGAUCUAGAAAAUACAUCAAAUACCUUAAAAGCAUGUGAAAAGAAAGAGAUAUACCAAAAGAGCCAAGCUUCAACCGAAAUAGAAAAUAAAUAUUUAGAUGAAAAUCCACCUGAGUCUAUUUUAUUAAAUGAUUUGACAAACUUUAUAAACGAAAGUUUGAAUAUUGAAAAUACAAAUGUAGAUAAUGAUUUAAACAAUUUUCUAUUUACAAUUACCUCAGAAAGCGAAUUUUUCUUGAACAACCGCACACAUCCUGCAUUUAUUACUAAUGAAUGUGAAAAUCAAUCUUGUACAAUAAACCAACUGAUUAAUGACACAACAAUCUUUGAAGAUCACUAUAGUAACCAAAAUGAUGAAAUUUAUAAUUUUGCCACGAAUUUAUUUUACAACAAUAAUACUAAUCUACCAUUACAUAUGACACAAAACAAUUUAAUACAAGGACGAUAUGUUAAUCAAGAAAAUCAUACUUUUAUUCAAGCAAAUGAUGAUGUUUCAAGUUUAUCAGAUCGUUAUACGAAUAAUCUUAGGACCAUACGCAUUAAUGAUUCAAAGGAUGAUCAAAUGAAUAAAUUAUUUCAUGUUUACGACUCAUCUACAAUUAACAGCUUCGAAACUAAUACAUUCUCUAAUAACGCUUAUAAAAAUGAUAAUAAUGGGAAAGAUAAAGAAUCAGGAACCAAUACAAAUUUUAAUAUUCAAGAAAAUAAUACUUCAGAUCCUUUAAAAUGUGAACGAGAAAAUAAUUAUACAUUUUUAGUUUAUCAAUUUACGGUAAACGAGCGUAGAAUUUUUGAUAACUGCAAAAAUUUUGAGGUUAAAUUUAGGUUUUUUUGUAAGACUAUAAUAAGUAAUAAAAUACCACAUUUCAUAAAAAAACUUGAAACAUCGAAUUUAACAGAUGAUUUAAAAAACAAGUUAAUUCUUGCUCUAGCUAGCCUUUCGAGUUUUUUAGUUGAUAUAAGUAAAAUAUAUAUAAAUACAAAUCAGCCAUCGAUGCAUUACUUUUUAAAAUUGUUAAAUAUAACGUGCGCUAAAUUUAGCCACUAUGCCGAUGUUUCUAAAAACUUUUUAAUUCUCGACUUAAUUUAUAAUGAAUUUUUACUGGUGAGCAAUAGAAGUUUGCACUUCUCUUAUUAUGAUUUUAACAAAAUUAAACAGAUGUUAAUUGGUAUAAAUAAGAGAUUUAAUUAUUUUAGCAAACAACUAUUUAAAUUGAAAGAAAGUAUGGAAAAAUCGAUUAGCAAUUAA